ACAAUCGACUAGUCGAUAUAUCUCAUCGCAAUUAAAUAGAUGUAAUCCAGUAUAUAAAUAAAAUAAAGUAAAAUAAAUAAGUCCUGUAGAAUAUGCAUUCGCGCUAGCCAAAAACAACUGGAAAAUGUGUACAAAGCACCCUGGACAAAUGUAGACUGUGAUCCGUACUGGCUAUGGUGACGAGGGACCACAUUUCUGAUAAAUCCGAAGCCGACGCCCACUGAACGUAGUUUCCUGUACAGGAGUUUAGUUUUGGAUAAACGCUAAUUGGGUAGGUUGGCGGCUGGAGUUGAGCGUCUGGGUUCUACAGCACCUGCCCUUUUAAUUCGACACACUUUGGAUUGGCCAAAACCAAUCCUCAAACGUAAGCGCAAUGUCACAAGUAAUACCACAAAACACGCCCACACCCCAAAUGCUGACGACAUCAACGCCCAUAGAAUCCAUGAAACCACCACCACCAGCGUUUCCCACGCUAAGCGGUGCAAACAUACACGAGCAGUCGUCCGAUAUGAUAAUACGGGCAUCCACUAUUUUUGGAGACCUCAAACACGACGAGGCGAAUCUGGAGAAUGUGCCCCAUGGAGUAGAGACUGAGCCGGAAGAGAACUCACCUUACGGCGGAAACGGGAACUCCAAAAUCAGGAUAAUGCCAAGCGUAAAACUGAUGGCUUCGCCGCAAUCGUCAGAUCCCAAGCGCAAAUUCGUAUGCCCCUACGACAACUGUACAAAGAGCUACGGAAAGAGCUCCCACCUGCGGUCCCACCUCACUUGGCACACGGGCAUCAAGCCCUUCGUCUGUAGUGAACCUAAGUGUGGAAAGGGAUUCACCCGCUCGGAUGAGCUUAACCGGCACCUGCGAACGCACACAGGCGAGAAGCCCUUCGAGUGUAUCCAGUGCACAAAGAAGUUCUCGCGCAGCGAUCACCUCACCAAGCAUCUAGCCACCCACGACCGCCAACUAAAGAGCACCACACCGAAAAGAUCAGCGCCCAGUAGCGCAGUGCGACUCAAGCCCCCAAAGAAGCACGUUCAGACAGAAUCGGACUCGGGGUUUCACUUCAUGGCAGCCAUGGUUGGUUGCGGAGAGCAAGAAAUGGAACACCAUCAUCAGCAGCAGACUGCGGACAUCGUUGCCUGUCAGCACAAGCCGCUGAAAAUCAAGCUGGAGCGACCAGAACACAGUGACAAGUACCAGAUCGUGGCCCCGGAACUCCAACACCAGAAUCAGGGUCAGAGCCAGAGUCUGAAUCAGAGCCAGCUGCCAUCUUUUCUCAACCAGGCCAAGCCCGAGGUGAAAUAUGAGCCAGUCGACGAAAUUGUAAAUACCCUCUCUCAGUUACCGCCGGCGGACGGUCCCGGCACCUACGGCAUGCCCCAGUUUGUCCAGGACAGGCCAUUUCGCUGCCGGCAGUGCGAGAAGCGGUUUAAGCGGCAGGACGACCUCAACCGCCACAUACGAACGCACACUGGCGAGAAGCCCUACGCCUGCCCUCAGUGCUGUAGAAGAUUCGUGAGAAGCGACCACUUAAAAAAACACCAACAGACGCAUUUGAAGAUUCGAUAGUUUCCUAGUUAUAAUCCUUAAGUCGCUAGCCAUCGGCAACCAGUUUAUAUUGGCUAAAACGCGGGCGUGCGUCGGGUGACGCACACAGUACAAUAAAAUUAAAUAAAUUCGCAAUCUAACAUUAUUCCUAUGCAAGUUUUACGCUGGCUCUUAAAUCUCAAUUUUUAUCUACAUAUGUAAAUAAGUUGUACGCAAUUUUAAUUUGUACUUUUUUGUGUUUGCCAAAACAUGAAGAUAUAUUUUUAAA